AUGGAUAUCAAAGGUGAUUUGAACGCAUUGACCAAGGACUGGACGUUAGACGAGCUGAAAUGCAAAAGAAGACUUGUACUGGUCUCUUCGACGCAACACUUUAACCAUCUUAGCCUGUCUUUUACACCAUUGAUGCCACAAGACUACUCUCUGGGAAUGUCGGUGAUCUCUUGCAUCUACAGCGAGACCAUGGAUCGCCAUUUCGUAACGUCAGUUGAUCUGAUCUCACUUCUGGAGAGACUGGUGAAACAGAAGUUCCCUGUCCAGGAAAAGAAUAGGAUCAGACGUAACUUCCAAAGUCUUAAGCCUAUAACAGUGACACGAUCUUCACCAAAGUUCCAGAUACUAUUCGAACAAAUUAUGCAUUACAAAUCCCCAAGGCCACGGCGUGUAGAGAAGGACGUCAAGGUCCUUUACUGGUCAAGUGUGGAAUCUGCCUUGAUGAAAGUACUGAGCAAGUAC